CGGACGAUGGCGGGAUAUUAAUCAAAGAUUUAGACACGAAGGCGAGCGAGAUUGUUUAAAUGGCGGCGAGUAGCGAGGGUAACAGUACAGUCAACGCUCUCGUAUUGUGUAAAAAGUCGUAAACGAAGCUUCUUUGGUCCCAGGUUUUCUGUGUCUUUUCUUGAACUCUCCGUCCUCUCUCUGUGUUGGCAGACAUUCCCCUCCUGCUUCAUUUGCCUCCUCGUCGUGCCUGAUCACUUCGAGGCUUUUGGCAAUGGCAACGAUCAGUCUGUCUAGGGGGAUGUCUUUUUUAAAAUCGGACGCCACCAGACCUUCUGAUCUCUCACAUUUGAAAUACGUGAGUGUUCCGGUGUUUCGUUCUGAACCCAGAACGGAAUGUCUUCGCCGGAAAGUUUUUGCCGGGCCGUUGGCGAGGACCAUCGAGCACGCCCAGAGAAGCGAAAUAUCGUCCCCUAAUGGUUCUGCGACCAUUGUCGAGGCAAGCUCUUUGCUGGAGCUGCAGUCUCUGCAUCAUGCUGUGGGUCAGGCGGGGGCAAAUUCAGAUGCACAUAGGAAGACUAAGAUUGUAUGUACAAUAGGUCCUUCUACCUGCUCACGUGAAAUGAUUUGGAAACUAGCUGAAUCUGGAAUGAAUGUGGCACGUUUAAAUAUGUCUCAUGGGGACCAUGCAUCACACCAGAAAACCAUCGAUUUUGUAAAAGAAUACAAUAACCAGUUCAAAGACAAGGCUAUAGCUAUAAUGCUUGACACCAAGGGUCCUGAAGUUAGAAGUGGGGAUGUACCUCAACCAAUUUUUCUUGAAGAGGGACAGCAAUUCAAUUUCACCAUUACAAGAGGGAUCAGCACAGAUGACACAGUCAGUGUAAACUAUGAUGAUUUUGUGAAUGAUGUGGAGGUUGGAGACAUAAUACUGGUUGAUGGUGGAAUGAUUUCUCUUGCUGUCAAGUCAAAGACGAAAGACUUGGUUGAAUGUGAAGUGAUUGACGGUGGAGUACUGAAAUCUCGGCGUCAUUUAAAUGUUCGUGGAAAAAGUGCAACACUUCCUUCCAUAACUGACAAGGACUGGGAAGAUAUCAAAUUUGGUGUGGAUAAUGAAGUAGAUUUUUAUGCUGUUUCAUUUGUGAAGGAUGCUAGAGUGGUUCAUGAGUUAAAGGACUACCUGAAAAGUCACAAUGCCGAUAUACAUGUGAUUGUAAAAAUUGAGAGCGCAGAUUCUAUACCAAAUCUUCAAUCAAUACUUUCAGCUUCAGACGGGGCCAUGGUUGCUCGUGGGGACCUCGGAGCUGAGCUUCCAAUAGAGGAAGUUCCUUUACUGCAGGAGGACAUCAUAAAACGAUGUCACAGUAUGCAAAAGCCGGUGAUUGUCGCAACUAACAUGCUCGAAAGCAUGAUCAAUCAUCCUACGCCAACAAGGGCAGAAGUCUCAGACAUUGCAAUUGCUGUCAGACAGGGUGCUGAUGCAAUCAUGCUUUCAGGGGAAACCGCACAUGGAAAAUAUCCAUUGAAAGCCGUUAAUGUAAUGCGUGCUGUGGCAUCAAGGAUUGAGUCAAGUGUUCGGAGUAGUUUUGAUCCUCCUAAUCAGUUGAGUUCCCAUCAGAGCGAUUUGGGAAAAAUUUUUGCUUUACAUGCGACAACUAUGUCUACCACCCUUAACAUUCCCAUAAUGGUUUUCACCAGGACAGGGUCUAUGGCUGUUCUUUUGAGCCAUUAUAGGCCUUGCUGUACCAUCUUUGCAUUCACAAAUGAGGAAAAGAUUAAGCAGAGGCUGGCACUUUAUCGUGGUGUGAUGCCAAUAUACGUGGAAUUUUCAGACGAUGCAGAAGAGACUUUCUCUCGAGCCCUCAAGCUGCUAUUGGAUAAGGGGCAUUUGGAGAAGGGACAGCAUGUUACACUUGUCCAAAGUGGUACAAAAGCAAUCUGGCGUGACGAAUCCACUCACCAAAUACAAGUUCGUAAAUCUUCAUGAAUGAAAAUCAUCUUUGAAGAUAAUAGAAUUGUAUUUUUUUUAUUCAAUUGUGCGUUAUAUUUUUUCUCCCCCAAUUGUUUGUAAUAUUUUUUAAGGUUACUGGUUAUUACAACAUAGUAAAGGAUAUGUGAAACACAACAAAUGGAUGCUCCAGGAAUUGCUGAAUCCAAAUUAGCCAAUUCGUUGAUUGACA